GUACCUGAUAUUUCUGGUAUUGUGCAAAUAGUUAAAGUAUAUACAAAUGUGAUAUUUUAUGAAGGAGUAUCUACUCAUAUCCAUAUAUAUGUAUAUGAAGACGUGGAAUAUUGAGUAAUGACAAUCUUUUGACAUUUGAGCAUGGAACGUAACCUUCAUGUCUGUGGUCCCCAGUGGUCUUGGUGGUCACUGUCUGGAAUGCGUCUGACGUGCCCCGCCCGCGCUGUGCUGCCGAGUCAGACUUCCUCACACUGAAGUUGGAGAACAAGUGUGCCACGUUGUUUCUGAAAGCACACCAGACACUGAGAUAGCAAGUUGUUUUAUUUAUAUAACACUUAUUUUUAUUCAUUUUUCUUUCCCCUGAAUAAUACCCUUUUCUUAGUAAAACCUUUAAAGUUCCAAUGGCAGAACUGGACAUAAAGGAAGAUGGGAUUGGGUUUGAUGUAAUUUCUCUGAGUAUGACAACAACCGAUUGGCCGUGUAUAAGGUUUUCUGUCGAUGAUGAUUUUCCAGGUGUUUUCUCUGGAGCCCUGAGGAUUCCACACAGGUGUCUGCUAGGGGCUCCUUGAAGCCUGUGGGGUGUAUGAGGUGGAGGUGUGAGGGGCUCUGCUGGCCUCCUCCCCAUGCCCAUGCUGUUCCACGUUUGGAGUCUGAGCAUACCGCACCAUGACACAGUAGAUGCAAAAGGUGCAGGGGCACCAGUGGAACGCCCUAGUGGAGCACAAGUGUGAGCUGUCUGCCACUCACACCCAUCUGUAGCCCCAUGGGGCCAGAAUCAGCUACACCUGGAAGGUGGCUGAGAUGAGGGUGGAGCAGGGCCUCCUUCUGCAUGGCCUCCGUUUGAUCGGCAGUCAUGGGCCUUCACCGAGGGACACUGAGCAGAGGCCCCAGGAACCCAGCACUGUGCUCAGUUUUGAAAUGUUUCUUAGGGCCUUGUUCACUACAUUACACGAUGCCUUGAGAAUUCACAGGAAAGAUUGAUCUUUGGCCAACACACCAGAAAAUAGCUCAUCUUGGCCCAAACUGCUGAUGAUUUGUGGCUCACCUUUGGAUUUUGUGGGUAAAGUUACUGUUUCCUUCUUUUUAAUUCUGGCUGCUAGGAAGCCAGGGCUGGAUACAGGCCCUCUGGUGAGUGUUCCAGAGUCUACAGGAGGAAUUUUGGGUAUGACCUUAUCCUGGCCUUUUUAUGUUUUCCUUUCUUGUUCAUUGAGCUGGAUUUCUUUACUUUAAAUUUUUUUUCUUUCUUUUUUUUUGAGUCAGAGUUUCACUCUUGUCGCCCAGGCUAGAGUGCAGUGGUGCGAUCUUGGCUCACUGUAACCUCCACCUCUCGGGUUCAAGUGAUUCUCCUGCCUGAGCCUCCCGAGUAGCUGGGAUUACAGGUGCCCGCCACUAUGCCUGGCUAAUUUUUGUAUUUUUAGUAGAGAUGGGGUUUCACCAUGUUGGUCAGGCUGGUCUUAAACUCCUGAACCCAGAUGAUCUGCCUACCUUGGCCCCCCAAAGUGCUGGGAUUCCAGGCGUGAGCCACCGUGCCCGGCCUAACAAAAUUGUAUGCAUUUUUAGUAAACUCUUCAGAUACUUCUUAGGACAAAAAUGACAGCUAUAAAUAAUUACAUCUUAUUUAAAAAUAACCAUCUUCUCAUGAAUUUUGAUUGUAGAAAGUACAGUAUACUUUUACUUUUGCACUCCCUGCCUCUCCAAGGCCGAGAUUUUGAAAAAAUGUACCUGAGGGUGGAGAGACAGCAAAUAACAGAUGGGUCCUGGGCUGAGAUUUAACUCCAAAGCAAUACCAUGCCACACUCACGCCUCUUGUGAAACUGGAAUUACAAUGGAUAGUGACCAGUAUGUGCCAAUCACAACGGUGGCUAACCUCGACCACAUCAAGAAGCUCAGCACUGAUGUGGACUUGAUUGUGGAAGUGCUAAGAUCUUUACCUUUAGUCCAAGUGGAUGAAAAGGGAGAAAAAGUAAGGCCAAAUCAAAAUCGCUGCAUAGUAAUAUUGCGUGAAAUAUCUGAAUCUACCCCCGUGGAAGAAGUAGAAGCACUAUUUAAAGGAGAUAAUUUACCGAAAUUUAUAAACUGUGAAUUUGCAUAUAAUGAUAAUUGGUUUAUUACAUUUGAAACAGAAGCUGAUGCACAACAGGCUUACAAAUACCUUCGAGAAGAAGUCAAAACUUUUCAAGGAAAACCAAUUAAGGCACGGAUAAAAGCAAAGGCAAUAGCUAUAAACACAUUUUUGCCAAAGAAUGGAUUUAGACCCCUGGAUGUGAGCCUGUAUGCCCAGCAGCGCUACGCGACGUCGUUCUACUUCCCUCCCAUGUACAGCCCCCAGCAGCAGUUCCCCCUGUACAGCCUGAUCACUCCCCAGACGUGGUCAGCAACGCACAGCUAUCUUGACCCACCCUUGGUAACUCCAUUUCCAAAUACUGGAUUUAUAAAUGGGUUUACGUCUCCAACGUUCAAGCCUGCGGCGUCUCCUCUGACUUCUCUCAGACAGUAUCCUCCUCGAAGCAGGAAUCCUAGUAAAUCUCAUCUGCGGCAUGCGAUUCCUAGUGCAGAGAGGGGACCUGGGUUAUUAGAAAGUCCUUCAAUAUUUAACUUCACUGCAGAUCGAUUAAUUAAUGGUGUCCGGAGUCCACAAACAAGGCAAGCAGGUCAAACUAGAACACGGAUUCAAAACCCUUCAGCAUAUGCCAAGAGAGAGGCUGGGCCUGGGCGCGUGGAGCCAGGCAGUCUCGAAUCCUCUCCUGGUUUAGGGAGGGGAAGGAAGAAUUCCUUUGGCUACCGGAAGAAAAGGGAGGAGAAGUUUACAAGCAGCCAGACACAGUCUCCAACGCCACCAAAGCCUCCGUCGCCAAGCUUCGAGCUGGGGCUGUCCAGCUUCCCUCCAUUACCUGGAGCUGCCGGCAAUUUGAAGACAGAGGACUUGUUUGAAAACAGGCUAUCUAGCUUGAUAAUAGGACCAUCCAAAGAAAGGACCCUCAGUGCAGACGCAAGCGUGAACACCCUUCCUGUAGUGGUCUCCAGAGAGCCCUCGCUGCCGGCUUCUUGUGCUGUAUCAGCAACGUACGAGCGAUCCCCCUCCCCAGCUCAUUUACCCGAUGAUCCCAAGGUGGCGGAGAAACAGAGGGAAACCCACAGUGUGGACAGACUUCCUCCCGCCCUCACUGCGACCGCAUGUAAAUCGGUGCAGGUGAACGGAGCCGCCACGGUACGUACCUCGUGCCUGCCUUCCUGCAUGACAGCCGCGAGGCUCUGGUGUGAACAGAUGCUGCGCACUCCUGCACCUGCUCGUUUUUUAAUCACAUCUAAUUUGGAAUUGCGAAAGCCCAGCUACGCAGAGAUUUGUCAGAGAACGAGUAAAGAGCCUCCUUCUUCCCCAUUGCAACCCCAAAAAGAACAAAAGCCAAACACUGUUGGUUGUGGGAAGGAGGAAAAGAAGCUGGCAGAGCCCGCAGAGAGAUACCGGGAGCCCCCAGCCCUCAAGUCCACACCUGGAGCCCCCAGAGACCAGAGGCGGCCGGUGGGGGGCCGGCCCUCGCCCUCGGCCAUGGGGAAGCGUCUCAGCCGAGAGCAGAGCACUCCCCCCAAGUCUCCUCAGUGAAAACCGUACGUCUGGGAGGGGUCACAGAGCGCUGUGUUAACCACAAACGAGACACUCUUCCCACUCAGUGCGAGGACGAGCCGCUGGUUAGGAGCUUGCAGUGUCUGAGGCCUGUGGGAUCCUCAAGUUGGUUUUCUUCUGUGAGUUGGAUUCUCCCCCUCUUGAAAAAAAAUCGAUUUUUCAGGAUUUAAUUAAUACAAACCUUAUUUUAGGUUGGUGCUUAACUGGAGGUGAUGCAUAAGUCUGAUUUUUUUUUUUCCAAGAUAGAAAAAGCAUUUAUCCUAACAAAUUGGUAUUUUUUAUUAAGCCUCCAUGUGGCUCUGAAUGCAAGCUAUAUAUAGUGAGUUUUUCUAAAUUAAGGGAACUCUGCUUUUUUUUUUUUUUUUUUUUUUUCUUAGUAACUGGUCUGUAAGUGCAUAUCUCUAGAAUGUCCCCGCAGACGAAUGAGGGCCAGUGGCCUUGGCAGAGGCAGGUGUGGCCUCGUAGAGGCAGUGCUGGCCGCGCCAGGGCAUCAGUGCUGAUGUGGGAGCUGUGCUUCCACCUAAGCCGUUGGUAGGGGACUGUGGCAUUUAAGAAUGUAGAGAGCGCAUCCUUUUUGAUCUCUUGGGCAGAGUGAACCUGCAGGGGCUACCCCAGAAACCUUGGUUCUGAUGCACUGCAAGCAAGUAACCAGCUUCUCACUCCAGUUUCAAGUGGCUGUUAUGUAAUAUAAAUUCAAAGCACAUUGUGAAUAGAACCUACAUGAAAACAUACACUUUGUUGCCCACUGACAUGUUACCAGAAGUUGUACCAUGAUGUUGUUUUGACCCCUGUGAGCUGACGGCCCCGGCCCUGCUCUGUGCACAUUUCUGUCCGUGUUCCCCAGCACUCUGGUUGGAGAGAGUCCACAUCUUCAGCUCCGUGUGGACAUCUCCCUGUACCUCUGCAUCAGCACAUGGAUUUAAGAGUUAUGUAAUCGUGAGAGAAUGGUGUUUGUGGUUUUUCCCCCUCUUUGGCUGGUGGAGGAUAAAGUUCCUGCUCUUUUACCUCCAAGACGAGGGCCUCAUUGAUUCACUUCCAGAAGUGCUGCACUUCUGAAGAACAAGGAUGCACUAAAGUUAGCAAGUUUAUAAUAAAGUUAAAUAUAAAUUAUUUUGUUUUAAAAUGCCUCAAAUUUUUCUUUAUUCUAAGCAGCAAACAUUAAAAUAAGAAUAUUUCCUGCUAAAUGUAACCAUACACUUUAUUCCACAAAAUGUUAUUUAACAAGACUGAGGGUUUUUUUUAAGAAAAAAUUAUUUCCAUCCAAUAUUUAAAGACUUGAAUUUUAUUUAAACUUGAAAAUGACUUUGCCUUAACUUUUGUAUAAGACAGCUUAGAGUCCAUGGAGCCCGGCCCUGGGUUGGCGUGAGUGGGUCAGAGUUACUCAGUUACUGCGUGGAUCUCCUGUCGCUAGUUUUACUGAGUAAGCAUACUGUAGUACAAGAGCUAGCAGUAGUUUUUGUAAUAUACCUUAAAGAUCUUCAACAGUUGAUCUUUUUUCAGAAUGUUGGAAAAUCCUGUAAAUGCAAAUAGUCAAUACUGUAUUAAAUACAUGCACUUGGAGUGUGCUUCGCUUGUACAGUUGUAAAUAAUCAGAACAUAUGAAAAAGGUACCCUACAGAGAAAAUUCUGAUACAGAUUAUUGAUAUAUUAUAAAUGUUGCUGUUGAGCGGGAUGUAGAUAAACUAAAUGUUGUGGUUUGAAUAUUAUUUUGAUUUGUUGAGAUUUUCUUUUCUCUCUUACAUCGGUGUGUUGAACUGAUUCUGCCUCUUUGCUGCAAAAGGGAAUUGGAAAGUCUUAUUAAAAGCCUCCAGAUGUUUUCAUACUCUUUUAAAAUGUAUGUAAAUGCAUACUAAUCAUAUCUAAUGUGAAAGAGUUUUAAAGUAUAUAGAGAGCAAAAACUGGCAGGAUCAUAAGUGAAGGUGACUAGUAAUCUAAUUAAAAUCACCUGCAGCUAAGCAUGAUUGACCCUGCCAGAGGAAAACAUUGCCUAUUUGACCAUUUCCUUCAAACCAGUUGCCAUUAUUCAAAUACAGAGAAAUAGCCACAGGGCUAGUGUUUUUCAAAUGCAUUUUAAAGAACAUGGGGAUUUUUUUUUUGUAGUUGUCAGUUCACUGACCGAAAAAAAAAAAAUCAGAAAGAAUUGAUCUGUGAAACCCAAACUCUCAAUACUCAGAAAGCUGGGAGGCAACCUCAAGGCCUGGGCCUACGAGGUGAAUCUUCGCUACGGAAGGGCCAGGGCGCCAUCAGCCAUUCCCAAAACACAAGGCCUGCCCGUCCGCCAGUGAGUCCUUGGUUUUUAAUAAUGAGAAGUCCUUUCCCCCAAGGUGUGAGCAUUGCAGCGCAGUGUGUGUGUGUGGUUAGAGCCAGCUUAGUCCUUCACUUUGUCGACUGAAGUGUGAGCUCAACAGCUGCAUGAGGAGGGCAGCGCGUGCAUUCGCCAGUCGCCACUGGAGGGCUCUGCUGCCCUCCGGUCAGUACACUGUAGUUACUGCCUAGCCAGCAGCAGUCUUCUGCAUCAAGAGCUGAAACCUUGCUCGGAUGUGAUUUUUAUAGCAUCCUUUUUAAUUAAAGGUGAAAUACAGAUUGCUAUGUAAUGUCUGAAAAAACCUGAUACUACUUCAAGAGUUUCCGCUCAGAAGAAAAUGAGAGUUAUCAUAAUAGGAAGCUGUGGCGGUCCAUGCCAACUGUGCUGUGUCACAUACAGCGAUGAGAGUGGCUUUCAUACAUUUUUUUUUUAAGUUAACACCCUCCUUUACCCCCAGCAGUAUCUCAGGUUAUAGAAUCAGAGAUGCAGCAGUGACAAAUGGCAUUUUAACUUGUAAAAUCGUGUGAUGAUGCUUAUCAUUUUGAAAUAGAAGAAUAAAAACCUGGUCCCGUUUCACCAGACAUGAAUUUCAAGUGGAGUCGUCGUUCUCUGAGAGUGAGUGUCUUGACAUUUUCACCCAGGCCCUCCUGUCAUCACAUCACCGGCUGUCACUGGCGGGUGGCCGUAAACGUCCUGCGUUGCUGUAUUAGGAUCUCUGCAGUUCAGGCUUCAAAACCAGUUCAGUGUAUCCGGGCGACGGGUAGUGGUGGUGCAUGCCUGUCUGCGUGCCCCGCUGGCGAGCUGUAGUUGCGGCUUGCGUGCCUCGCAGCCCACUACAGGGCUGCAGACAAUCGAGGCGAGGGCGCUGGCCGCCAGCAGCUCACAGCGCGGGGGUCAUGUGGUCACUCCUCGAGGGUUUCGUUUUUGUUCUGCUUCAUUAAGACUGGAAUCAAGCUUACAUGUAAACUAUUGGUAAUUUAAGUUUCCUUUUGUGUCAUUCAGUGUAAAACUGUCUAAUUUGAAAAAAAAUGUAGGUUAUGAAAAUAAAGAUUUAGGCACUGUUCAA